CAUGGAUCUGUCGGCGGCGUAUGGCGUUGGAGGGACACGGCUGCUCUAAACCCUCAUACUCUAGAACAUAGCGGAAAAAGAAAUGAGAGACCCUCCUCCCACACCACCAAUGGCCACGCCGCCGGCGCAGUCGCCGUCGCCCGUUAGGCUCCGGCUUGUGUUCGACAAUCGCCGCCUUCUACGGAGGGCACAGCGGGAGGACGGCCUCCGGCGCUGCUGGCUUCUACUCCGACCCGAGCUCGCCACUGUCGCCGAUCUCUCCGCCCACGUCGCCGCCCGUUUCCACCUCCGCCGCUCCUGUCCUGGUGGCAUCGUCUUCACGAUGGAUGGAUUUGUCUUGCCACCAUUCGAGUCGACUUGCAUAUUCAGGGACAAGGAUAUCAUAAGGGUAAAACAGAAAACUUGCAAGAGUACAGUACACCAUAAUGACGUACACUGUAUUCAAGAUCCCGAGAUAGUAGAAAAGCAGUCGCUUCCAACUGAUGAUAAAGUUCUUGCAAUCGAGUAUCGAAUUGACUGUAGUAAGCACCAAGAAGAAGAGGUACAUUGUGAUCAUCAGCCUGAAGAGAAUCCAAAAUCCAACCACAAUCUAGAAAAUGGUCGUACAAGUUUGAAGAGGAAAUGGCGAGAUGGAGAUGCAAGAAUACCUGGGAGCUCAAAGGGUAAGGAACUGAAGAUGGCAAAACACACAGGGUGCGACAACAACAUUUGCCAAGACCAAGGUCGCCGUGGCACCAAAGAGUCGAAGCCAUCAACUAUUGACAUUGUAGCAAAGAAGGCAGCGAUACAAGCUGAAUUCACUGUUGAAUUGGAUGGAAAGGAAAAAGCUGGCAGGUGCAACCAGACCGAGUUGAAUUGUGAAACUGAGGUCUCUGGGCAGACAACUCAAAGUCAUAAAAUGAGUCGAAGUGCUCGGCGUAAGAAGCUCAAAAGGCAAUUUAGGAAGAAAGCCAAAGAACAGCUGAAAGAGAAUGUGGAGUGCCAGGAAUCACCCACUGCUGCUGACUUUCCAUCUUCAAGCAACCAAGAUGAUCUUCUUUGCCCGCCUAGCAAUGAGAAUGGCCUGAACUUGCCAUUUUCAAGGCAUGGAGCAGAGGAGGAAGAAUCAGAUACAUCAGAUGAUAUUGUUCCAGUUGUGGUUCGUCCUGGUCACAUUCGCUUUGAACCAGCAGGUGAACUAAAUACAUCAUUAGCGGAGGAAACGCAGGCAACUUUCACGUGGAGUGGAACUAUGAGCAAAAAGAAGGGCCAGAAGUGGGGGAUGAACAACUCAAAUAAGAGAAUCGCUGAUAUUGGCAAUUUUGGGGAAAUAGUUGGAAGUAAUACUGAAGAUAAGCACCUUAUGGUAAAUAGUAAGGAUGAGGAAAAUGGUUUUUGUCGUGUCAGCAAUCAAAAGGUCAAUGAGAGCAAUCAUGAUGUAUUAGCGAAGGAGAAGGCUGUUGCUGAGGAAGGGAAGUCUACCAGUGAACCUUUGGACUUUGAUAGACUUUACCCCCUAACACGACUUCCAAAGGAGGGAGAUCUUAUUGUAUAUCGGUUGGUUGAAUUGUCUUCCUCAUGGUGUCCGGAGAUUUCUCCGUACCGGGUCGGUGAAGUUCUUAUACAUGAUUUGAUAUCAACGCGCAUCAUUCUCUUACCUGUUCCGGAGUAUCCAAUCAUCAUGAAGGAAAUGAUAACUGAGGACAAGUUAGACAUGCCAGUGGAUAUUUCACCCUACAAGGAAGAUGGUUCGUUGGAGAUCGAGUACUCUUCCCUUCUUGAUGUAAGACUACUGAAGGGUAGUGAGCCAGUAUCUGCAGCUCUUAGUACUCCCAUUAGAGAAACUGGAAAGAAAGGGGAACUAACAGCUGGAGAACCAGUUACCUUAGACAAAAAUAAAGGCAUAGUUCACAGCCAGACUGGAAUUUUGGUGCCAAAUAACACUAAAGAUCCUGAAGCAGCGCCAGAAAAGAAACAUAAUAAGGUUUGGGAGGAAAGCAGCGAAAUCCCAAGUGACAAGCCUGACGAAGUUCAAGAGAAUGGCUGGGGAACUUGGAAACCAAAUGCUAGCACGUCGGCCUGGUCAUACAGAGCGCAAAGAAGCAGUGCUCUUGGCCCAACACUUGCGCUUUUGAGAGGCAAAAAUGACAAAGGAGGCAAACCUAAACCUCCCAGUCGGAAGUACGCCAGGUGAGAUUAGUGGGGCAUGUUAGGGAAAAUGCUGAUAAUUCCGUAUAUGAUGUUUGGCCGAACGAAGAUAGUCUGUUGACUGCCACUCUAGCCUGUUCGGAUAUAAACAACCGAAGAUCAUGUACCUAAACCGGAGGUGAAUGCUUCUUUUGCAACUUGUAAAGAUUGGUGACUGCCCAAUGCUGGUUUGAUAGUCUGGUACUCGCCGACUGUUCGGUUGGAAAUUGACCA